CACCAUCCUCAUUAUAUAGACAUAUACAUAUGCACGAAUACACAUCUUAAUCUUGGAUCAAAACAAAUGGGUGAAGAAGGGCAAGUGAAAGUAUUAAAGGAUAGUAUUGAAAGAAGGUCGAGAGUGAUGAUGGUUGUGCCAUUAUUAAGGGUUCUGGCGUUGGUUGCCACUGCUACUGCUACAAUUGCCAUGGCUCUUAACAAAGAGGCACACACUUUUGUUGUUGCCACAGUUGGGAAUACUCCCGUCAAACUCACCCUCACUGCCAAGUUCCAGCACAACCCUGCCAAUGUAAUGUUUGUAAUCGCUAAUGGGGUGGCGACUCUUCACAGUCUCUUGAUGCUAUCACUCUGUUUUGUUAGCAACAAAUAUGAUUUGAAGGGCUUGCGGUCUGUAACUGUCGCUACAUUGGACAUGAUGAUGAUUGCAUUAGUAUCUGGAGCAGCUACUGCAACUGUUUUCAUGGGCGAGCUAGCGAGACAUGGAAACUCUCAUGCUCGUUGGAAUAAGAUCUGCAACAAUUUCGAACGAUAUUGUAACCAAGGAUCUGGGGCUAUAGCUGCCUCUUACAUCGGGAUCUUGUUCUUAAUGAUUGUCUUUGUGGUUAACAUCUUUAAACGUGAACAACUGAACACCAUUAAAAAUUCUAUGUGUGCAUGAUGGAUAUGAUGUC